UCGCGAUCGUGUGUCACCGUGCCGUGCCGUGUGGUUCUAACGAGUCGAUCAAACACCCAACUACUGCGCCGUGAUAUUCUACUUGUCGCGACCCGAACCGUGUUCGCAACACAGCCUAGAGCUAUGGUGCUUUCGAAGUGACGAGAUUGGGUUCGAGACCCCGUGAGGGUGUGUUCGUUUGGAAGAAGGACCACCAGAAGCUGGUGGAGCCUCCGUGUGGUGUGUGCAGUGUAGGAUCGUUCGAGUUCAGCUCACCAAGUGCUAGGAAUUUAAAGAUCAAUCUCCGUCGAGACCUUAAACCCCCGCAGAAACGCGAAAACCGGCGCAGAUCCCACUUUAGUUGCAGGUCGGGUCUCUAGUCGCCUCUCUAACGGCUUCUCAAUCUUCUGGCCCGGUCUUAACCGCUGCUCUGGACCCGUCUAGCCACCGUCGCCGGUGAUAACCAUCAAUUAGGGCUAAUGCAAAUUGCGCUCCGGCCCUGCUCGGCUCGGCCAGUGGCCAGUGGAACAAUGAUUAAUAUCCAGCAAUUACUGACAAACCAUCGGCGGUCCGGUGGUCCGAGCUGCCGGAGUCGCCGCUCCGGGCCAGCCACGAGACCACCGCGAGCCGCCCACCGUGUGUCACCCCUGCUCCUGGCCACCGUGUUGCUGUGUGGUGCGAUCGGCCCCACCGCGGCCUACCUCGACGAGCGGCAACCGGUGUACCUGGAGGCGAAGAUCGGCUCGUACGUGAUACUCGACUGCCCGGUAGACUUCCCGCAGGACGAACCGAUCCCGUACGUGCUGCACUGGAAUAAGGAUAACAAACCCGUCUUCACGCUGUACGAUGGGGUGCUGAACACGUUCGAAACGUAUAUUGGCCGGGUGACGCUGCUCAACAACGACAUCCUGUACGGCAAGGCGUCCCUCAACCUGACGUCGAUCCGCGAAAGCGACAACGGGUGGUACGAGUGCAAGGUGAUCUUCCCGAACCGGGUCCCGAACAAGCGCAACAACGGCACCUGGUUCCACAUAUCCGUGCUCGGCGGAACACUGCUGCGCAUCCCGCCGGUCAACCAGACGGUGCUGGAGGGCGAUCCGGCCUUCUUUCACUGCACCGUCCAGAACCCGGAGACGAUGUUCGUCGAGUGGUACAAGGACAACGUGUCGCUGCUGGAGUACUACGACCUCGGGCACCGGUCGAUGAUGGGCCCGGACGGCAGCCUCACCAUCAACCCGACGCAGAUGAGCGACCUCGGUUUCUACACGUGCGAGGUCCGCAACACCGCCAACGACACCCAAUCGGCCAGCGCCUACUUGAACGUGCAGUAUAAGGCGAAAGUGGUGUACGCACCGAAGGAGGUGUACAUUCCGUUUGGGGAGCCGGCCGUGCUGGACUGCCACUUCCGGUCGAACCCGCCGCUGAAGAAUCUCCGCUGGGAGAAGGACGGUUUCCUGUUCGAUCCGUUCAACGUGCAGGGCGUAUUCUACAACCGAAACGGGAGCCUUCAGUUCGAUAAGGUGGACGAUUCGCACGCCGGGCGCUACUCGUGCACACCGUACAACGACCUCGGGACCGACGGAGCCUCUCCGAUCAUCACGGUGAUCGUGCAGCGUCCGCCACACUUCACGCUGAAACCGAAACUGCUGUACGUGACCAAGAUCGGUGGCACGGUCGAGAUGCACUGCGAUGCUCGUGAUCGCGAUGGCUACCACAUUCCGCGCAUCGUCUGGAUUAAGAAAGACGGAAGCCUUCUGCCAUUCGGCCGGCACGAGGUGAACGGGGGCAAUCUAACGAUCGUGGAUAUCGUCGAGGCGGACCGCGGUAUCUACGGGUGUCAGGCAACGAACGAGGCGGCCACCAUCACGGCGGACGCGGAAAUUAUGAUCGAAAAUGUUUCGCCCCGCGCCCCGUACAACCUGACCGGCAACAGCACCGACACGUCCAUCACGAUCCGCUGGGCACCGGGGUACAUCCGGCAGUACCUGGAGUACAUCAUCUGGUACCGGUUGGCCGAUGCGCCCGAGUGGCGCACGCUGAAGGUCAGCAACAAGCACAUCCUCGAGGCGACCAUCACCAAUCUGCAGCCGGCGCGCGAGUACGAGUUCAUGGUGCUGUGCCAGGACAACUACGGCGACGGCAUGUUCAGCAAAGCGUUCCGAUACUUCACCAAACCAACGGAGUUCGAGCAGCCCGAGAACGGUCUGCAGGAUGCGCUGCUGCAGUUCAGCCAGAUCGGCUCCCCGAGGAACUUCCACGUGCGCAAGGAACUGGAC